UGAUGCGCGGUGUGCUGGGGACGGAGCCGGGAGCGCUGUCGGUGCCGCGGGAACUCCUCCGGGCUCCGCCGUGCCUUUAAAACACGGGAAGGAAGAGAUGCUGCGUGUCUGUUUGGGGAGUUCGGGAGGGACGUAGUUUGGCUCGGGGCGCUUCGAUGCGAUGGGGCUGCGGAUCCGCCGCGCACUUCCCUCCGAUGUGAGCGCAGUGUCCCCUGUGGGAUGCAGUAGGUGAUGCCCAGCUCUACUGCAAUGGCAAUUGGAGCUCUCUCCAGCUCUCUCCUGGUAACCUGCUGCCUCAUGGUUGCCCUCUGUAGCUCCACCAUCCCCCUGCAGAAGCUGGCCAGGGCACAGGACAAGCAGGAGAUCAAGGCCAGCCAGGAGAAGAGGGACCACGCGUCGGCGAGGGACAGCCAGGCCGGCGCGGGGAAAGUGGGCGAGAUCGGCCGCAGCGGGAGGGAGGAGGGCGGCAGGGACUGGAAGAGCAAAGGCAGCAGGAACUACUCCAACAAGGAGUCGUGGACCAAGCAGAAGCAGGCUUGGAGCAGCCAGGGGACGGGCGGGAAGUCCGCCAGCGUGCCGGUCCAGGAGCAGCGGGACAUGGCGGCCGAGGCGCCUCGUCUGGCCGAGGCCUCGUCGCUGCCGGCGGCAGUGCCCAGCGCUACCCCGGAGCCCCUGGAGGAGUACGCCUACCCGGACUACCGCGGGAAGGGCUGUGUGGAUGAGAGCGGCUUCGUCUACGCCAUCGGGGAGAAGUUCGCGCCGGGCCCUUCAGCGUGCCCCUGCCUGUGCACGGAGGAGGGCCCGCUGUGCAUGCAGCCCGAGUGCCCCAGGCUCCACCCUCGGUGCGUGCAUGUGGACACCACGCAGUGCUGCCCGCAGUGCAAGGAGAGGAAGAACUACUGCGAGUUUCGGGGGAAGACCUACCAGAGCCUCGAGGAGUUCAUGGUUUCUCCAUGUGAGAAGUGCCGCUGUGAAGCCAAUGGUGAAGUGCUGUGCACUGUGUCAGCUUGUCCCCAGACCGAGUGCGUGGAUCCUGUCUAUGAGCCUGAUCAGUGCUGUCCUAUCUGCAAAAAUGGUCCAAACUGCUUUGCAGAAACCACUGUCAUUCCUGCGGGCCGAGAGGUGAAGACUGACGAAUGCACUAUAUGUCACUGCACUUAUGAAGAAGGCACGUGGAGAAUUGAACGACAAGCUAUGUGCACUAGACAUGAAUGCAAACAAAUAUAGGAAAUCUACCAGUCCAAGAACUCUCAUGGUUUUUAUAAACUAUCUCACAGCAGUGAGCACUGUGGAUGACCCAGGGAAAUCGCAAUGAGAAGAUUCUGGUGAGGAGCAAAUUGACUAUGGAUGCUUUGUUUUUCACAGUCACGUAAUUCUGCAAGGCAAAGCAGUGCGUAUAUUUAAAUAAAGUUUGGACAUAAGAAUACUUGUCUUAAUAAAUGUGUUAUUUUCACAGUGAGUACACUAAAAUACACUCUAUAAAAUAUUCUAUGUAUUUCUAUACUAACAUAGAGCUUAAAAAUAAAUGUUUUAUAUAGACAGUACAGAUUAAAGUACUGUAUCAUUGCCUGUCCUGUUGUGUACAUGCACAUAACUAAACAUUACACUUCUAUUCUAGUUUUAUCAUAGUAGAGUUUUCUUUGGGUUCUUGUGUUCGCUACUUUUUUUCUAUUUGUUUACUUUCAGUUUAUUGGCCAGGAAGGAGUCACUAUAUGAUAAAACUUUGACAUCCUUGCUGUUGGAAAAAAAUGUAGUCCAGUAUGCUUUCAGAGAAUGUGCUCACUUAUGCACUUAAGAGUAGUGCUGUAAUAUAAAAGUGAGUCGGCUCCUUUUCUUAGCUGCACUGGUAUAGGUCUGCUGGUCCACAGCUGAGAUCACUUGAAGCAGUAAUACAAAACUGGUCUCUUAUCUGUUUUUAUAAAACCUUAAUUAGACGAAAUCAGUUCAUAAUACAAAGUUCAGACAUAAGAUAUUACAGCAGGGCAAAUGCCUCUGUGACAUCAACAAUACAGCACUGCUGAGCUGGUGAAAAUAGGGUAAGUCAGUGAGUGGCAUCAUCAAUGUAACGUGCAGUAGAUGUGGAGACGUGUGGAUGGGCUGUGGCUGCACACACACAUCCUUGGGCAAGAGAGAACCAUUCCCUAGACCUUGCUGUUUCUGCCUUGCUGGUGCUUGUUCAGCUUUUUGAUUCAUCUCAAUCUGUCUGGCUGCCUGCACAGGUUGUGUAACUGUGUGUUGACGAGAAAUGUUUUGAGCCAGCUCUUCGAAUCCAUCAAAGGAUUUAUAGCACAGAAGCUGACUCUGGACACACACAGAGUGAAUCACAUCUCCCUGCUUCCGACGCUUACAGCCUUUGUUUAGAUCCAUGUUGGUUUUAAUUUAGCUUAUCUCCAACUCCUGGAUUGCAUCUGCUUUGAAUAUCUGCUAAGUCAGUGGCUCAAGAGAACACAC